AGCAGCCCUGCACAGGCGCUCCAUCAGUGAUGUGUGUCUGUGAUUGGUUGAGUAUGAGAAUAUGUGGUUGCUGAAGAUGUACAAUGGUCGGCUGCUGCAGGAGUUUCCUGACCAAACUUGCUCUGAGCAUUUAAUGCACGCAGCUCACACUUUCUCUGUGCGCCCUGGCAGUGCCGUCGCCAUGGCGUCAUCUCGAAGCUUCCUGUCGGAGGAGCAGUUUCUCUGCUCGAUCUGCUUGGAUGUGUUCAGUAACCCGGUGUCCACGCCCUGCGGGCACAGCUUCUGCAAGACCUGCAUCGGGGGGUACUGGGACGCGCAGAGCAAGCUGUGGCAAUGCCCGCUCUGCAAGGAGAGCUUCCGGAAGCGUCCUGAGCUGCACAUCAACCGCACCUUGCGUGAGAUCACCGAGCAGUUCAAGCGCAUGUCCGGGGGCGGGACUGCAGUGGGUGGAGCCCCAGUUGGCAGUCUUCCAGUGGGCGGGACUGCAGUGGGUGGAGCCCCAGUUGGCAGUCUUCCAGUGGGAUGGGUCCCAGUGGGUGGAGCCCCAGUUGGCAGUCUUCCAGUAGGCGGGAUCCCAGUGGGUGGGGUCCCAGUGGGCGGGGUCCCAGGGGGUGGGGUCUCGGUGGGCGGAGCCUCUGAGGAGCGGCCGCAUAGACCUGGUGAGCUGCCGGGAAACCUCUUCGCAGAGAUGAGGAAGCGGUUCCUCAGGCCCUCAUCCAGUGAACCACAGGCUCCACCCCCUGCACCCUCCAGCUCUGCCCCCAGCUCAGCCCCUCCCACUGAAACUACCUCUCUCCCAGCACUGGCUCUCAGGCGCUACACCCUGAGUGACAUUCGCUCACAUAACCCCGUCCUCUCACAAAGCUCCACCCAAUCCCAUAGCCCAACCCCCUACCAAAGCCCCAUCCCCACCCAUAACCCCGUCCCCUCACAAAGCUCCACCCAAUCUGAUAGCCCAACCCCCUACCAAAGCCCCACCCCUUCCCAUUUCUCCUCCCCCUCACAAUGCUCCACCCACUCCCAUAGCCCAUCCCCCUCCCAAAUCCUUGCUUGCUACUCAAACCCCGCCCCCUCUCACAGCCCUGCCCCUGAGGCCCCUCCCCCCGGCUCAGGGCUGGGUCCGCGGCGCUACACUCUGAGUGGUCCUGCCGACUCCCUGGACACGCCCCUCUGCCCGCGGCAUGGCCAGCGCCUCGAGCUCUUCUGCCGGGCGGAGCAGGAGUGUGUGUGUGCCGCCUGCAUGGAGACCAUGGAGCACCACGGGCACACUGCCGUCCCCGCCAAGAGGGAGUGGCUUAUCAAAAAGUCUCAGCUCAGUAUCUCAGAGGCGGAGCUGCAGGACCUCAUCCGGGACAGGGAGCGGAAGGUGGAGGAGAUCAGAGCUUCUAUAAUGAAUAUGAAAACGUGGGCGGAGCGUGAGACGGAGGGCAGCGUGCGUGCGUUCUCUGCGCUGGUGAGCAGUGUGGAGCGCUGUCAGGCGGAGCUGCUGGAGGUGAUAGAGAUGAACCGGCGCGUGGCGGAGCGGCAGGCCGAGGGGGUGAUUCAGGAGCUGGAGCAGGAGAUCGGCGAGCUGAAGAAGAGAUGUGCAGCGCUGACACACCUGGUGCAGUCCGAGGACCACAUGCUUUUCCUCAGGAACUUCCCAACACUGUGCAUUCCUCCUCACACCAAGGACUGGUCCCAAGUCUCUGUGACCUCUGACCUUAUGGAGGGGAGCAUGCUCAGAACACUUUCCCAGCUGGUUGAGAGAUGCCAGGAGGAGCUGAGGAAGCUGCCUGAGCUCAGUCUGCGGCCUCCCGCGGAACAUUCCCUCCUAAGACACCAGCCGAAGGUGAAAAGGAUGCAAGAAUAUGCAGUGGAUGUGACGCUGGACCCCAGUACAGCGCACCCCCGCCUCAUCCUGUCAGACGACAGGAAGCAGGUGAAGUGUGGGGAGCGGCAUCAGCCUGUCCCAGACUGCCCAGAGCGCUUCGACCGUGUAGUGUGCGUUUUGGGCCAGCAAGGCUUCACUGGUGGGAGGCACUACUGGGAGGUGGAAGUGGGGGGGAAGACGGACUGGGAUCUGGGCGUGGCCAGCCACUCCGUCAACCGCAAGGGCAAGAUCACUGUGAGCCCCGCCCAUGGGUACUGGUUCCUGAGUCUGCGGGACAAGAGCGAGUACGCCUUCCGCACCGACCCGUCCACCAGCCUGGGCCUGGCGCAGAAGCCCCGCCGCAUCGGCAUCUACCUGGACUACCAGAAGGGCCAAGUGUCCUUCUACAACGUGGACGCCAGGCUGCACAUCUACACCUUCAUCGACUCCUUCACUGACACCAUUCACCCCUUCUUUAGCCCCUGCACCAAUAAGUCUGGCAAGAACGAGGCUCCACUCAUAAUCUCCCCUAUUGCACACUCGGACUGAGCCCCCCCCCCCCCCCCCCCCCCCCAUAAAGAGCAAACUGCCCCUCACGAUGCAGCAUCUGAACUGCUUUUACUCCUUUUGUACCAGUUAAGACGUUCCUGCUGAGUAAAGAAAUAAAAGAACACAUGCUUUCAUUCUCACUAACAUUCAGGGCACUUCUGUCAUGUGAUCCCUAGUUUUGGAUUUCUAACACGUUUCUCACUGAAUAUUCUCUGGGUCCCGCAGAGCAUUUUCAAAGAAUGCCAAAUAAUUAUUUGGCCCAGGUCUAAAUUUUAACACACGUUCCUAAUUAUGCGAGAAGCAUCAAUGUCCGCUCUUUUAAAACUACUCAAUUUGGCAAAGUCCUGCACAAUUAUGAUGUUUAAUUUAUUUCUGGAUUACAUUGUUGUUUGUAAAUAAUCAAUAAUCAAAUAAUCAAGUAUCUUUAAUUUGACUAAUUUGGCAGGUUUGUUGAUAUGUUUUUGAAUCAUCUUGUUAUUGGCACAAUCUAUUCUGUAUUUUUGUCAUUUAUAAUCUAGCUCAAUGGGUAGCUCUACCCUUGUAUUUAACAGU